UUCUCUGUUGCUCUAAUCCCGGUCACAGAAUGGCUAAGGCAGCUGUAAGUGGAGAGUGGAUUUUUCCCCCUCCGUCUGCCUUGUGUUUUUCACUCUGAAAGAAUGUUGUGGCUGCUUUUUUUCCUGGUCACCGCUAUUCACGCUGAACUCUGUCAGCCAGAUGCAGAAAAUGCUUUUAAAGUGAGACUUAGUAUCAGAACAGCUCGGGGAGAGAAAGCAUACACCUGGGAUACAAAUGAAGAGUAUCUCUUCAAAGCGAUGGUGGCUUUCUCCAUGAGAAAAGUUCACAACAGAGAAACAACAGACAUUCCCCAUGUUCUACUUUGCAACGUUACCCAGAGGGUGUCAUUCUGGUUUGUGGUUACAGAUCCUUCAAAAAACCACACCCUUCCUGCUGUUGAGAUACAGUCAGCCAUAAGAAUGAAUAGAAACCGAAUCAACAGUGUCUUCUUUUUGAAUGACCAGACUCUGGAAUUUUUACAAAUUCCUUCCACUCUUGCACCUCCCACUGACCCAUCUGUGCCCAUCUGGAUUAUUGUAUUUGGUGUGAUAUUCUGCAUCGUCAUUGUUGCAAUCACGCUACUGGUUUUAUCAGGAAUCCGACAACGCAGAAGGUAAGAUAUGGAAAGGGAGUAAUUUAAAGAGCAUCA